CAGAGCUCUACAUUAAGGGGCAAGCAUUAAUUAAUUCAAGCACAGUGUGGAAACGUUGCGAGGGGACAAGAUCGGUAACUUGGAGCCCACGGAUCCACGGACUGAUCAUUCACCUUCAGCCCUUUACAUCCACCUGUUCAUUUAACAAUUAAAAAUGUUGAAAUUGACAUUAGGCCUCGCUCUGGUGACUCUGGUUGCUUGCUCGCAGUGCCCCAACAAUGAAGUGUGUGAGGCAGGCCAGACAUGCUGCCAGGAUUUCACCGGAGAGUUCAGCUGCUGCCCUUUCCAUCAUGGAGAGUGUUGUGAGGACCACCUGCACUGUUGUCCUGAAGACAUGCUGUGCAGUGUUAUGGACUCCAUGUGUACAAACGCCACACAUACAAUGCUGUUUGUGGAGAGGAUACCGGCUAAACAGACAGACCUUCCCAAAUCGUUCAGAAUGAUUCCCUCAUUACCUGCAAGUGAAGACGACAUUACCUGUCCCGAUGGCUCCUACUGUCCUGCUGAGUUCUCCUGUCUGCUGAUGGCUUCAUUAUAUGGGUGCUGUCCCGUAGCACAGGGCCUUGUGUGCUCAGACGGGAAACACUGCUGCCCAAAAGACCACAAAUGCAGUGCAGACAGCAGUUCCUGUGUCAAACUAAAGGUACCAGUUGCGGCUGUUCUUUGUGGAAAUGGGACCUCAGAGUGUCCCGUGGACACCACAUGUUGUGAGACAGAAGAUGGUCAGUGGGAGUGCUGCCCCAUGCCAAAGGCUGUAUGUUGUGACGAUAAAAUCCACUGUUGUCCAGAGGACAGUGUCUGUGAUGUUGAAGGCUCCAAAUGCAUGUCCUCCACCAAUCAGGAGCUGCCUAUGUGGGCCAAGUUCCCUGCUCGUCUUAGAGCUGAAUGGGAAGAUCACAAACCUGCAGAAACUGAACUCACUACAACCAGACAAAUCACUACUGCUGGCAUGCAAAUGACUACAUUGCCUGGUGCACUACCAAAGACCUCUGAUGUUCCCUGCAAUGACACUGCGGCCUGUCCAGAUGGAACCACAUGCUGUAAGACUAAAGAAGGAGGAUGGGCCUGCUGUCCUCUGCCAGAGGCCGUGUGUUGUGACGACUUAAUCCACUGCUGUCCUCAUGGUACGACAUGUAACGUUGCUGCUGGGUCUUGUGACGAACCUUCAAGAUCUCAGCCCUGGUUCGAGAAGCUGCCUGUCAAACCGAUCAGCAGUCAGAAUGUGGCUGUUACACAAGAUGUUUCCUGUGAUGGCACCACAUCUUGUGCAGAUGGAACCACAUGCUGUAAGACUCAAGAAGGAGGAUGGGCCUGUUGUCCUCUGCCAGAGGCCGUGUGUUGUGACGACUUCAUCCACUGCUGUCCUCAUGGUACGACAUGUAACGUUGCUGCUGGGUCUUGUGACGAAGCUUCAGGAUCUCAGCCCUGGUUCGAGAAGCUGCCUGUCAAACCGAUCAGCAGUCAGAAUGUGGCUGUUACACGAGAUGUUUCCUGUGAUGGCACCACAUCUUGUGCAGAUGGAACCACAUGCUGUAAGACUAAAGAAGGAGGAUGGGCCUGUUGUCCUCUGCCAGAGGCCGUGUGUUGUGACGACUUCAUCCACUGCUGUCCUCAUGGUACGACAUGUAACGUUGCUGCUGGGUCUUGUGACGAUCCUUCAGGAUCUCAGCCCUGGUUCAAGAAGCUGCCUGUCAAACCGAUCAGCAGUCAGAAUGUGGCUGUUACACGAGAUGUUUCCUGUGAUGGCACCACAUCUUGUGCAGAUGGAACCACAUGCUGUAAGACUAAAGAAGGAGGAUGGGCCUGUUGUCCUCUGCCAGAGGCCGUGUGUUGUGACGACUUCAUCCACUGCUGUCCUCAUGGUACGACAUGUAACGUUGCUGCUGGGUCUUGUGACGAUCCUUCAGGAUCUAAGCCCUGGUUCGAGAAGCUGCCUGUCAAACCGAUCAGCAGUCAGAAUGUGGCUGUUACACGAGAUGUUUCCUGUGAUGGCACCACAUCUUGUGCAGAUGGAACCACAUGCUGUAAGACUAAAGAAGGAGGAUGGGCCUGUUGUCCUCUGCCAGAGGCCGUGUGUUGUGACGACUUCAUCCACUGCUGUCCUCAUGGUACGACAUGUAACGUUGCUGCUGGGUCUUGUGACGAACCUUCAAGAUCUCAGCCCUGGUUCGAGAAGCUGCCUGUCAAACCGAUCAGCAGUCAGAAUGUGGCUGUUACACGAGAUGUUUCCUGUGAUGGCACCACAUCUUGUGCAGAUGGAACCACAUGCUGUAAGACUAAAGAAGGAGGAUGGGCCUGUUGUCCUCUGCCAGAGGCCGUGUGUUGUGAUGACUUCGUCCACUGCUGUCCUCAUGGUACGACAUGUAACGUUGCUGCUGGGUCUUGUGACGAAACUUCAGGAUCUAAGCCCUGGUUCAAGAAGCUGCCUGCUCUCCCUAGAGCAGGCCAGAGGUCACCUGGGAACGUGAACUGCGACUCUAGUCAUGUUUGUCCUGAUUCCAACACUUGCUGUAAGAACACUGAUGGAGACUGGGGCUGCUGUCCUUUGCCUGAGGCUGUAUGUUGCACAGAUGGGGAACACUGUUGUCCAGCUAACUAUAAGUGUGAUGUGACCAAAGUGUCUUGCAUCAAGGGAGACGUGGUGAUCCCCUGGUACAAUAAAAUUUCCACUCAAAGCACACCGGCUCCAAGCUUGGACCUCGGUACUGUUGAGUACGACGAGCGGUUGAGUUGCUCUGCAGAUUCCACCUGCUGCCAUCUGUCCACGGGAGAAUGGGGCUGCUGCCCUCUUCCUGAGGCUGUUUGCUGCCCAGACCAGGAGCACUGCUGUCCCAAAGGCUACAGGUGUGACCUGCGUAGACGCUCCUGCAUUAAAACCACCUGGCUGCACGUGGAAAUAGUCCCACUUGCCCACAUUGAUGACCAAAAGCCACAGUCGAGCGUCUCAGAAAAGGACAUUCAGUGUGGAGCUGGAUAUAGUUGCAAAGAUAGUGAGACCUGUUGUCCAACCUCCCAGACCACCUGGGGCUGUUGCCCAUCUCCAAAGGCCGAGUGCUGUGAUGAUAUGAAACACUGCUGCCCUGCUGGAUACAAAUGUGGCGCGGGUGGAACUUGUACUUCAGCCGUAGGCUUUGACUGGAACAACUGGGACAACUGGAGGGUGUUCUUCUCCAAAAAUAAACGAGCUAUUACUCUGUAAAAAAAACAACAACAAAAAACCCAAACACCUGGGUUAUUCCCACUCACUCGCUUAAAUGGCCAACACUCCCUAAAGUGUCAGAUUUUGAAAAAUGUUACGUUUAUCAAAGUACUAAUCAAAGAUAAUCAGACAGUUUACUGCAAAAGGUUGAUUUUAUUUGCAGGAGAAAGUUUCAUUAGGGCUGAAUAUGAUGGUUAAUAUCUGUUUCCAUUGUCUAUCAGUAAUACCAACUAAAUUUUAUCCACCGAGCCAUUUGUAUAUUUUAAGAAUUGGUCAUUAUUGUAAAGUGUACGUUCAUAGUUUUGCAUAGUUUCCAGUGUUUUGGUUACUGCUCAGUUUUAUCUGAAGAAUAAUUUGACUGGAAUGAUGGAAAGAUGUAACACACAUUGAAGCAUAGAUGACCUCUAGUGGCUGGAUUUAAUUCACACGUCUGUCAUUAUAACUUGGCAUGUAUAAAUAUCACAGGUCUCAAAGGCUUACAGGUUAUAUUUUUUCAGACUUGACAUCAUGCAGUCUUGUGAUUAUGACCGCAUUGCCCUGGAUAAGGAAACAUUUUAAAUUAAUGUCUUCAGAUAACAAACAUCACCCUUUCUGUUUAACUUCCUUAUUGCAGGUCUUGAUCUUUACCAUGAUUUCUAUUGCCUUUUUUAUUGAUUUAAAUACUGGUUAUAUUGAUUGAGUAUUGUGACAGAUGACAAAAAGUUUUCUGAAGUAAAAAUGUGACCAAUCUGAAACCUUGUCACCUCUAAAAGAGAAAUAAAAGAGAGAUAAAAGGAAAUUG